CUUGAUUUCCCCCUUCUUCUCUUCCUCUCCUCGACUUUGUUUUCCUUCAUCACUGCUGAAUUCAAUUCUUUACUUUGUUUGCGAUCGAAGACUCGAUCUUUCCGGCUUUAAUGUUGAGCUGAGACUGAUCCUGCUUUUCCGACAACAUCUGCUUGGUCUUUCAAGGCAUCCUCCUACCGACGACAGGUGUUACGCACACCAACCUCUUCAUUACGCACAAGGCUAUACUUAUCACUGGGGUACCCUCCAAUCCUCGACUGGCCUCUGGAUUGCCAAUCUCUUUGUUCUGGAUCGCUGGACCUCAGGAUCAUCUAUCUGGACCCCGGAUCUGGACACUGGACUCUUGGAGCUUCUAUAGCAGUUGUGUUUUAGUUAGUACAAUACGAUUUUGAAGCCUAAAUCCCGAAUUUUUGCUUCCUCCUCUUCCUGGUUAUCGUUGCUGCAAGGAUCUCUAACCGCUGGUGUGGCCAAUACUAAAGAAAUCUUUGAAACAUGGCCUCUGCGUUUCAUCGUUGCCAAUUCUGUGGCUACGAGACGGAUCUGUCGAACAAUAUCGCAGUGUUUGAGGAGAAUCCCCACUGCAGACAGUGCGGCCUAUCAGCCUCGGAGAGCGACACAAAAAUGCAGGAAGAGUUGAUCAACAUGAUGACGAGAAAUCUUCAGCUCAAUUCCAUUCAACACCAGCACGAUAUGUCGAUGCCUCCAACCCCUCAGGUUGUCCCACAGGCAUCACCAAUUACCUAUAUUACUCAACACUAUCACCAUUCUGCACAUCAGGUACAGUCCAACGAUCUUCCCGUUUCCUCAAUAAUUGAGCAAGCUGGGAUCAAUGCUUCGGCUUUGUUUCCAUCACAGUUGCAGUUGUUCAAAAAUGCAGAUCUUGAACAGAGGUCUAGAUUGAUACAGCUCUGGCAAAUAGCUCCCCCGAGUUAUGGGAAUCAGAUGCACCCUGAUGAUCUGGGAAACUGGCCUCAGACGAGCAUGGAGAGGGAAGAAGAAGCGGCAAGAUACAGACUGGAGGUAGCAGAACAAGACAAGAUGAAGAAUCUGUGGGGGUUGCCAGGCUCCGAACAUCGAAACGCCGAACCUUAUAUGACUCACGGCUAUGACACCGAGGAUGUGGCCAAAGCUGAAGCAUCUACCACAGCUGCGCAGGAUGCAGAGUAUAAGCACUCGAAUGAUCCCGCCUACGAUAGUCGAGAAUGGUGGCAUCUCUCCGAGGGAGAACCAAUGGAGCACCAGUAUGGGAUGCUACAGCAGAUGUGGGGAUAUGGAUUCAACUAUUCAGCUACGAAGAAUAAUGAUGGUGAUGCAGAGAUGUCCUAGGAUAUGAAGGAUUGUGAGCCUUGCAUGUUGAAUCAUUGAGUACCUGAGGGUUGGACAAGUUGCAUAGAUUAAUGGUGUAGAUAGCACUCGCAAUUUCAUUUGUGCAUAUGGUGAAUA